AUGAAUUGUGCCAGGAAAUUAUUUAUUAAAAAGACGAAGGAGAAUAAGGAUGGGGAGAAGAAGAUUCAGAAAAAGCAAUUGGAAGAAGUAGUGAGUAAACUCAAUGUUAUAAACAUUAAGGAGCCAUGUGUUUCUGCUACCACCCAGCCUGGUAAUACAAAGGAAGCGACUGAGAAAGAAUGUGAGGAGGAAAAUGUAGUGAAGAAUGUUGUUGAUGAUGUCUUAUUUAAAAUACCUGUUACCCUACAGGAAAUGCCCAUGGCGUGUGCAGGAGGUGUUGGAGGUAAACCGUGUCAAUCUGUGAAGAUAAAUAAGAAGAUUUGGGAUGGGAGAGAUGGAGGUGGAGGUAAUGUGGUGAGUAGUACAUUAUCAAGGGCUGUGAGAAAAGAAAGAAAUUCUUCUCUUGAAGGUGAUGCCUCCAUGGAGGAACAUUCAAACCAUCCUAUGAAGAAAAGAAUCUUGGAGGUGGGAAAUAGUGAGAAAGACAAGAAAAAUGUCCCUGUUUCAAUGGAGACUAAGUUAAAUGUGACUGAAAUGGAAAAAAUAAAAAAUAAAAUAAAAUAUGGAGGAAAGGUAGCUGUUGCGUGUGAGGGUACGGGCAGGAAGAGGAGGGGUGGUAUUGCUCUAUUAUGGAAGAAUAAUAUUGAUGUUGAUGUCAGGUCUUUUUCUAUAAAUCAUAUAGACGCUCACAUUGAAGUUCCUGGGGCUGAAGUGUGGCGUUUCACUGGUCUAUAUGGCUUCCUUGAUGAAGAACGGAAGUAUGAAACAGGGGAAAUUAUGGAGGCUUUGUUUAAUAAUCAAAAUAUGCCAUGGUUGUGCAGGGGUGACUUCAAUUUGAUGAUGUGUUCACAUGAGAAACAAGGUGAGGAUGCUUUCAAUUUUAGUGAUGCUGCUAUUUUCAGAAGGGUUGUUGACAUUUGCAGAUUAGAGGAUUUGGGUUUCUUUGGACACCGUUUCACUUGGAAUAAUAAUAGGGGAGGCGUAGACAAUAUCCAAGAAAGACUUGACCGUUUUCUGGCGAAUAAGGAAUGGAAGGAUCUCUUUAUGGGGUCUUUUGUCACUCACCUGGAGAAACAUAAGUCAGAUCAUCUUCCUAUUUUGUUAUGCAUCAAAGAAAGAAUAAGUGCCCCGAAAAAGAAGAAAAAGACUAAGCUCUUUCAUUUUGAGGAGAUGUGGUUAAGGUACGAUUCCUGUUUGAGCAUUAUUCAAGAGGCGUGGAGUGAUGGAGGGGAUGCCUCUAGCAACAUUUCUCGAACUGCUAGUUGUUUAAGGGCCUGGAGUGGUCGAACUUUUGGGAACUUUGCGAAGGAGAUGAGGACUUGUAAGCAAAACAUGGCAAAACUCAUGGAGGAAACCCAAAAAAAGGAGACUAUUGAAAAAAUGAGAGCAAUUGAUGAGAGGAUGGAUGAAUUAGAGGAAGGGGAAGAACUUUUUUGGAGACAACGUAUCGUCAAGACUGGCUUAAAUGCGGAGACAAAAACACGAGCUUUUUUCACACAAAGGCGAAACAACGGGUGGAAAGAAAUAACAUUGAGGCUACUUAUGAUGAAGCAGGGACACUACCCGGUUGUUGAUCUUGUUCAGCUGAAAGUUUCCACCACCAUGGCUGAUUUGCUCGCUGCUCCUUUUUGCGACUCAGAAGUGUGGGAAGAUCUCUUCCAAAUGCACCCCACAAAGACCCCCGGUCCCAACGGCAUGUGUGCUACCUUCUAUAAAAAAUUCUGGAAUAUUGUGGGCUCGGAUGUGAUAAAUAGAGUAUUUGAUAUUUUGAACAACAAUGGUGAAAUCGAGUCUAUUAAUCAGACACAUAUUGCUUUAAUUCCGAAAAAAAGGAAUGCCUUUCUACUCUAUUACGAGAUGCGGAAGAAAAAGAAAUUAAUUCAUGGGGUGAAAAUUGGAAAUGUGCUGAAGGCCUUUCUACUCUACUACGAGAUGCGGAAGAAAAAGAAAUUAAUUCAUGGGGUGAAAAUUGGAAAGAAGGUUGAUCCGAUUUCUCACCUUUUUUUCGCAGAUGAUAGUCUUCUAUUUACCCGUGCAAAUGAGGUUGAAGUUGAGAUUGUGCUUGAUAUCCUUUCUAUCUAUGAAGCUGCUUUCGGUCAGAAAUUGAAUAUGGAAAAAUCCGAAAUGUCCUGUAGCCGAAAUUUGAGCGUGACACAGAAACAAUUGCUUCAGAUGAAGUUAUCUUUCAAGGCUGUUGAUGGACAUGACAAAUAUCUUGGGCUUCCUAUCUAG